AUGGAGCCUCAUUCACCUUCGUCGACGACACCUCUCUUGCCACAAUCGCCAACGAGCAUUAGUAGUAGUUCUGCAGGGAGCAGCAGUGGCGGCGGUGGCAAGCCGCGUUAUCGCUCUAUCCACCGAGUACCUACCUUUAUGCAGACCUCAGUACCCAACCGACGAUCCAUUGUCCACGCAUUCCUCAACAUGACCAUGCACAUGAUGCUCGAGUUGGUGUUUCCCAUUGCUUUGUAUUAUGCGUUGCGUACAAUACUUUCGCCUUUAUGGUCACUUGUCCUUGCUGGUGUGCCUACUGCUAUCAUGGUGGUGAUCAAGGGGUUCCGAGAACAUAAAGUCGACAUGAUGGGAUUGUUAAUGCUGCUCGGCUUUGCUGUCUCUGUUUUACUCGCUAUGGUGGAAUCCGAUCCAAAGCUCUAUCUUUUGCGAGAAUCAGCCAUGACAUCGGCUAUGGGACUCAUGCUAUUCGCUACCUUGAUACCUUUUCGAUGGAAAAAGCACGUCUUGCGGCCCUUUAUGUUUUACGUUGCACGACAGAUUGCAGUAACAAGUACGAUGAUGCUGGAUCCUCCUACCAUUCGUUUGCAUUGGGAUUGGUUUUGGAGAAAUUGGCGUUCAUUCCGUGCCUUCUUUCGUGCUCUUACCUUGCUAUGGGCAUUGGGAUUACUCAGUGAAUUCGCCUUGCGGGUCUUGCUCAUUUAUACAAUCGAUGAUGUGGAUGAUAUUGUUUAUUAUUCCAAUGUAUACAUGUUUGCCGUCACUUUGACUCUUGGCACCCUUACUAUCGCUAGCACCCUUCUCUUUCGCCACUUGUUUAAUCGAGAACAAGCAAAGUCUAAAUCUAUUGAACGACAACAGGAAAUCGAGGAAAUCAUUGCACGUGCGGCAGAAGAAGAAAAUACCCAACGCUCCAUCCAAUAA